UCUCCCUCAUCUCGCUGGUUAGCCUGGGAAAAGAGUCCGCCUCCUGGCCCAUAAGGCCCUGGCUCAGAAGUCUCACUUUCUCUUCCUGUUUCCCGUCAUGGCGCAGGAUCAAGGGGAGAAGGAGAACCCCAUGCGGGAACUUCGCAUCCGCAAGCUCUGCCUCAACAUCUGCGUGGGGGAGAGUGGAGACAGGCUGACCCGGGCAGCCAAGGUACUGGAGCAGCUCACAGGCCAGACCCCUGUGUUCUCCAAAGCUAGAUACACCGUCAGAUCCUUUGGCAUCAGAAGAAAUGAAAAAAUUGCUGUCCAUUGCACAGUCCGUGGGGCCAAGGCAGAAGAAAUCCUGGAGAAAGGUCUGAAGGUGCGAGAGUAUGAGUUAAGAAAAAAUAACUUCUCAGACACUGGAAACUUUGGCUUUGGGAUCCAAGAACACAUCGAUCUGGGGAUCAAAUAUGACCCAAGCAUUGGUAUCUACGGCCUGGACUUCUAUGUGGUGCUGGGUAGGCCAGGUUUCAGCAUCGCAGACAAGAAGCGCAGGACAGGCUGCAUUGGGGCCAAACACAGAAUCAGCAAAGAGGAGGCCAUGCGCUGGUUCCAGCAGAAGUAUGAUGGGAUCAUCCUUCCUGGCAAAUAAAUUCCGGUUUCUAUCCAAAAGGCUAAUAAAAAGUUUUCAGUGAAAUGUACAA